AUGACGGUGACUACCAGCCCCGACACGUCCAAUACAGCGCACAUCGUCCUGCCUACGACGACGGCCGGCUUCGCCCUUCCAAAGGACGUCGACGCGGCUGCCGUCGCGUCCGCUUUGGUGGAGAAACUCGGCACCGCUCUGUCUUCCUCCGACGGCAGGGCACUUGCUGACCUCCUACUUCCGACCGGAUACUGGCGCGACGUUCUCGCCUUCACUCGUGACUACAGAUGCUUCUCGCGACCUGCCAUCACCACUGUCUUCGGCGAUAUCGUCCCGGAGCAGCAAAUCCGGAAUGUCAAGGUCUCGGACCUUCCCCCGCCGGAGGUGCAGACACCUUACCCUGAUCUGGGAUGGGUCAAGGUGCACUUCACGUUCGAUGCUGUGGUCGGAAGGUGUGGGGGCGUCGCUCGACUAGUGCUCGACAAUGGAGAAUGGAAGGUGUGGACCCUGUUCACGACGAUCGACGAAAUGGCAGGACACAUUCAGAAGUUUGGCUACCACCGGCCAUAUGGAGAGCACAACGCAAUGGAGCCGCACGAUGAGAAGCGCGCGAGGGAGCGCGAGUUCGCCGACCACGAUCCUGACGUCCUGAUCAGACACAAUGGUCUCGCGCUGGCGGCUCAGAUGAAGGCGUAUGGUCUCCACCCUCUGAUCGUCGACCGGCAAUCCCGCAUUGGCGACAACUGGCGGAAGCGGUAUGCUUCGCUGUCGCUGCACGACCUCCUCCAUGGCAACCACCUCCCCUUCAUGCCUUUCCCCACGAACUGGCCCUUGUUCAUUCCCGCGGGGAAGGUCGCCAACUGGCUGGAGUCGUAUGCCGAAGCCAUGGAUCUCGACAUCUGGCUCGAGUCAACCGUCGACGGCUCCAAGUCUCGCUGCGACGAGGCGACCAAGUCAUGGACCAUGAGCGUGCUCCGCACUGUCGACGGCCAGAUCAUUGAGCGGACUAUCAACGUCUCUCACGUUGUGCUCGCAACCGGUCUCAUUGGUGGCAAGGCUUACAUGCCACCCCUACUGCCGGGGCAGGCCGAUUGGGAAGGCGAGAUCAAGCACACGUCUCAACACGCUGGCGGUAAAGGGCUCGAUGGUAAGCGUGUCCUUGUCAUUGGGUCGAGCACGUCUGCUCAUGAUGUCUCGGUUGAUCUCGUGAAGCACCACGCAGAGGUCACGAUGCUGCAGCGCUCGCCCACGUUCGUCAUGUCGUUCAAGUCGGGUCUGCCUAUUCUCUCCGGCGGUGGAUUGUACUCGCAAGCGAUGGCGGAGCGGUUCCCGGUCGAGGUUGCCGACCGGAUCGCAGACGGCUUCCCUCGCCUCGUGACGCGCGCUCUCGCCAAACGUGGGACGGCGUAUCUCGAACAGGCAGACGCUGAGCUGCUCUCCGGCCUCAAGAAGGCUGGGUUCAAGACUUGGUCCGGUCCCGACGGCACUGGCUUCAUGACCUUGGCGCAAGAGAAGGGCGGUGGCUUCUACUUCACCUCUCCCGGCGGCGGGAGCGACCUGAUCAUCCGCGGUGCCAUCUCCGUCAGGUCCGGCGAGGUAUCUGCCUUCCUGCCCGACAAGCGCGUGCGCUUCAGCGACGGCUCGGAGGACCAGUUCGACCUGGUGCUCUUCGCGACAGGCUACACCGGCUUCAAGGAGACGGUCACCGAGACGCUGGGUCCGAAAGCGGCGGAGAAGCUCGGCAAUGUCUGGGGCCUCGACGCUGAGGGCGAGAUGCAGGGCAUUGCGCGGUAUGCGGGCAUUCCGCACGUGUACCUCGCCGUCGGCAACUUUAUGAGCUCGCGGAGUAUGAGCAAAAACAUUGCGAUGCAGAUCGUCGGCCAGCGUGAUGAGACGUGGGGCGAGCCAUACAAACCAAGAGAUUAUGCAGAACCAACCCUUCACAUGAAGUCCGCCAAGACCCAAGAUGACAAGGAACGGCCUCCACCAGAGGUUAGUCGUUCCGCCAAGCCGUUGAGCCGUGCCAUGGAUCUUGGAACGGCGUGA